AUGGGCCUUCAGCGGCAACACCACAAGGAACACCAGCAGCAGCGGCGGCGGCAAGAAACUUCUGUACCAGGGUACAGGAGUAGCGUUGGGAGUAACAGAUGCAGGGUAGCACAGACACAUCAGCACCAGGCGCACAAGACCGAGGAGGGAGUCACGAGCAGCACGACGACAGCGGGAGGGCGGAGUGUUCCAGACGGCGAGGGCGAGUUGACCUUGCUGGACGAGCUUCUGGAGCGUUGUGCGGAAGCCACGAAGAGCGAUGCGGCCGCAGAGUCCUCCCACACGGGUUCCAGCGAAUGGGCCGGAUUUAAAACAGCCCCGGAGUUGUUGGAGGGUGUGAGGGCUGUCCUCUCCCGCGCCCGUCAACGCUCACGGCACUCCGACGGCUCGGCGCUGGCCUGGUCGUGGCUAACAUUGUCCCCUCGCCCGGUGAGGGUGGCGGUCGCCACCCCGGAGGACGGGCGCGUCGGCGUGUACCUGACCGUGCUUCCGGCGGGGAACGGCAACCCUCCGUCGCACAGGCCGAUGUACGGGUGCCACAUGCUUUCGCGGGUGCUGGCGGGCGAGGUGGAGCAGGUGAAGUCCAACAGCAAGCGGGUGAUCGGGAGGUCUACGCACUCUUUGGAGACCCCUGUUUGGUCGAGCUUCGGGGGUGGAGCCCGACGACUUAUCAACGAGAGCUUCCAGCCGGCGAUCAUACUCGAAGUGGUCAUGUACGACUGGUCGAGGGGAUCGGGGUACUCCGGGAGCUACGCAGCUCCGGGCACCAGCAGCUCCGGCUCCGCCGAGCUCCGGGCGGAGGCCGAAGGCAUCGGGCGGGCGGAGGCGGCGGGGGUGGAAGGGGACGGCGGCGGGGAGAGCGGCCCCGCCAAGAACGGCAUCCUCCCGAUCGUGGCCAUGGAUGCGUGUCCGUGCCCGCCGGCGCUGCUGUUUCGAGAUGGAGAUGUGUACGAAGAGGAGGAGGGCGAGGAGGACGGGGGGAGGGGGCUGACGCUCGUACGCAGCGACGGGGGAGCCGUGGAGCAAGGGCGGGCGGCGGGUGAGGUGGUUGGGGGGGGGGUGGAGGACCUGUUGACUGCGGACGGCCUGGCGUGCGACGUCGGCGGGUUGGACGGGCAGCUGGAGGACAUCGUGCGGAGGGUGCUGUCUACGAGGUCGAUACCCACCGAGCUGCGACAAGCUUUAGGGGUCGGUCAUGUCCGAGGCCUCCUCCUUCACGGCCCACCGGGCUGCGGAAAGACACUGCUGGCCAGGGAACUGAGCCGACGCCUGGGGGCGAGGCCUCCGAAGCUCGUGAGCGGGCCGGAGAUCUUGGACAAGUGGGUCGGAGAGGCCGAGCGCAAGGUGCGGCUUCUCUUCCUCGACGCGGAGCUGGACCACGAACGGUGCGUUCAGACGGGAGAGGACCCAGCUGGUCUACCGCUAAACCUGAUUUGCUUCGACGAGAUCGACGCUCUCUGUCGUAGCAGGGGUUCUCUCUCGGGAGACACGUCGGGUGUGCGAGACAGCGUCGUCAACCAGAUUUUGAGCAAGAUGGACGGCCUUGUCAACCUCCAAAACGUUCUGGUGGUGGGCAUGACCAAUCGGAAGGAGCUCCUGGACGAAGCGUUGCUGCGGCCGGGGAGAAUGGAGGUGUGCAUGCCCAUCCCGCUGCCAGACGCUGCCGGGAGGGAGCAGAUCCUCGCGAUUCACCUGAGAAAAGCCAGGGAAGCCGGCCUCGUCUCCCCCGAGGUCACCGACGCCGCCCUCGGCAAGAAAACCGGCGGCUUCAGCGGCGCGGACCUCGCGGGCCUCGUCCGUUCGGCCACCAGCUUCGCAAUCGCUGAUUGGCGGGGGAGACUAGAUGGCAAUGGCGAAGCUAACGGCGAGCGGGCCGUGGAAAUAACCGCGGAAAAUUUCGAGCAGGCGUUGCGGGAGGUGGAUUCAAGCGGCGGCGGUAGAAGAGGACGGCUGAGCGCCAUUGGCGGCGCCGUCCGUGGCGGUUUGGCGAGAGUUUUGCGAGCGCCGCGAGGCGGGGGCUAA